AUGCCCGACACUGAUGUGCUGGAACGGACGGGAAUCCCCAGCAUCAACGCCAUACUGAGGCAAAUGCAGCUGCGCUGGAGCGGCCACCUGGUGCGCAUGGACGACGAGCGACUACCCAAACGAUUCUUCUACGGAGACGUCGCGACGGGUUCUCGUCGUCAAGGAGGCCAGAUUCGCCGUUACAAGGAUACUCUGAAGUCCUCCCUGAAGCGCCUGCAAAUCAACCCGACCAACUGGAAGGAGCUUGCACUCGAUCGACCGGCCUGGAGGAGGACAGUAAAGACAGGCGCUCCGAUCUAUGAAGCCAACCGCAUCGCUGCCGCCAAAGCGAAACGCGAAGCCCGCAAAUCACAAAUUCGCCCAGUCAGCAACGCCGCCGCACAACCGCUUCCAACGUGUCCUCGAUGUCAACGGACAUUCCGGGCUCGAAUCGGACUUGUUGGAAAUCUUCGGACUAACUGCGCCUCUCGAACUGCACCAACCAUCGUCCUCCCGCCCGCAUCUUCCUCUUCCUCUCCGCCACCAAUUAACUCUGAGAAUUCUUCUGACCCACCACUUCCAUCCUCCUCCUCCUCCUCCUCGUCCACUGCUCCAACAACGUCCCGCGCGCAACAACCGGCACUACCACCACAUCCCCCGACUCCAGGGAUGAGGAUCAGAACUACACCUGCCCUCACUGCGACCGCACCUUCACCUCACGUAUCGGCCUGGACGGUCACUUGCGAAUCCACCGCACAGAGACUGGCGAACCAGUGCCUGAAGCACCAACCUACACACACCGCGCUCGCCUCCACCGCCCACACUGCCCUCGUACCUUCACGCAUCGCAUUGGCCUAUUUGGCCACGUGCGCAUCAACAAGAGCGGCCUUGACCGCACUCCCGACACACCCACCACAUCCAGCACAUCCACCGUGCACACCCCCACCCUCGCUCCAUCCGUCUGCGCCAGCACCACCACCGCCUCCUCUUUAG